AUGGAUGAAACGACAUUAGUCGCCGAGCUGCCCGCUGAGCACAAUGUCGAGACUGAGGCCAAACGUCGCAGGAUUCAGGCUGUGAAAGCGCAUCACCACAGUGACGAGGUAGUUUGCCUUGAGGACCUCGAGCUUGGAUCCAAUGCUGACUUCGAUGAAUCAGUCGAGGACCUACCGUGUCAGUCUUCAGUUGCAAACUUUGAAGAUCCCGGCAAUAUCCCCAGUGAGCUGUGGAGACCAUCUGGAACCGGAGAGCCGCAGCUUGAUAGUGACGAGUUGGCCAGUGUUGAUGGCAUCGCGGAGGCCUUCGAGCUUUCACGCCUGGAGGCCAUGGGUGUUCUUGAGCGUUCGCCAGUCGGUGCCGAUCUUACUGGGUUCAAGCGCCUCAGCACAAAGAUGGUUAAGAGUUGGCGCGUCAAGCCGUGCCCGAGCGGCCAGGGUGAAGCGUUUCUUCGACGAGCGCGGUUCGUCGCCAGGGAGUUUCGCUGGUUGAGUAACAUGAUUGACAGUGAUGUGUUUGCUCCAGCUUCAUCGAACGCCCUCUUACGUGUGCUCCCCGCAGUGCUCGUUGCCCGCCAGCCCCAAGACUGGAUAGCGCUUUCCUUGGAUGUUGCAGAUGCAUAUCUCACAGUUUGCCAAUCUGUGGAUACUGUAGUUUCUAUCUGGGUCCAGGGGGAACAGCGCAUCUACAAGCUUCUUCGAAACUUUAUGGGCAGAGAGCAGGAGCCAAAGACUG